GCUCCGUGUUUGUGGUCCAAGUGUUUUGCUCCGUGAGGUGCCGCCGGCUCAAGCGUUUCGAAACCUGCACGUCCCAAAGGUCGAGGCUGAUGACUGGGAACGGCGAGCUCAAGAAUGUUCCGACGAUCAAGGCUUACAAGAACCACGAGUACCUGGGCUCCCCGACCUCCAGGCACAUCAGGAUCAUGUGUGAGCUCUAUGAGCCAAUGCACCGCCUGGACAAGCACAACAUCGACAACUACUUCAUCAUAGUCGGCUCGCACUUGGUCAUGCAGCCGGAGGACAGGGCCAAGCACAUUGCCGGCCUAGAGCAGCAAAUCAAGAAGCAGAGCUCGGAGGAGGAGGUGGAGGCUUUGCAGGGGAAGCUCCGCUUUGCCAAGAAGCUGCAGACCAUGGACAAGUACUAUGUGAUGGCGGCGGAGUUGGGCAAGAAGCUGGGUCAGUGGAACAAGGAGCGCGCCGCGAACGGCAAGCCGUCCUACCACGUGAGCACGGGGGGCGGCCCGGGCAUCAUGGAGGCCGCCAACCGCGGGGCCCACGAGGCAGGGGACACCACGCUGGGCUUCGGCGCCUCGCGCCCCGAGUGGGGAUCUUUGAACAAGUUCGUCUCGGAGGAGGGCGCCUUUGAGUUCCACUACUUCUUCAUGCGGAAGUUCUGGAUGGCCUACAAGUGCAUGGGCCUGGUAGUUCUGCCAGGAGGCUUUGGAUCCUUAGAUGAGCUGUUUGAAAUGCUGGUGCUUCUGCAGACCAAGAAGAUCUCGCACCCGAUGCCGAUCAUCCUUCUGGGCGAAGAGCAUUGGAAGAAGGCGAUCAACUUCGACUAUAUGCUGGAGUGCGGCAUGCUCACCCAGUCGCACCUGGACAUGCUGGUGUUCAAGAACUCAGCAGAGGACGCGUUCCAGUACCUGGUCGAGAAUGUCCGCAGGGCGGAGGAAAGCGGUGAGACUGAGCAGGUCGAGACUGCCAAGCGCAGACGGCUGGACACCCACUCCAGUACUCCAUCCAAGAAAGCGCGGUGAUCGAAAUCUUUUGUUAGCCUUCGAUUCGAUGGGUUUCACAUCGGCCUUUGAACGCCUUCCGUGCGAGGUCUCACCAGGCUACGCGAGCUAGGCGAAUCGCAUCGCGUGCUUGUUAUCUUGUUUGGCUUUAAUAGCUCCUCUUGCUCGAGCUCGGGGGUGGUGACUCUGACAUCUUUUGUUCAC